CCACUGUACUUGAACCCGAAGAAAUACUACUCUUAGAUUGGGAUCAAGUGAUGCUUCGCGUUGCAGAUCAAGAAGUCUUUGAGGAUAUCUUUAUACCAGAAAGAAUAACGUUGGCUGAAAGAAUUAGAGAAAGCAUAUUUAUAUACUUACAAGAUUUGAAUUGUGGAAACCCUAAAGAACUCAUUCUCCCCUUAAAGAUUCUCGGAGAAGAUUGGGAAGAAAAACUAACUCACUGUUGUCAAGAAAUUAUUGACCUAAAUCUUAGGUUAAAGACGAAUGGCCAAUUUUUAGAAGCUUACUAUCAAUUGGGCA